AUGCGCCCGGCGAUCCUGCGCCCAUUCUCGGUGUGCUUGCCGCUGCGCAAAGACGACGGCCUGGCGCGCGACGACGUCAAGGUGAACGGUGCGACGGAUGUGCGCAGCGCCAUGACCCGCGGCACCGUUCCUCCCCAGCACGCCAAAGAGACGCCGCCGCCGAAAGAGAAGCCGCGCAUUGCCGAGGACCUGAUGACCGUGCCGAACAUGCUGACCCUCUCGCGCAUCGGCAUGUGCCCGGUGAUCGGCUGGGCGGUCGUGACGCACCAGCCGUACAUGGCGCUUGGCCUGCUCGGCGUGGCGGCGACGACGGAUCUUCUGGACGGCUACAUUGCGCGCCGCUUCAACUCGCACACGGUAUUUGGCAGUAUCGCCGAUCCGGCGGCAGACAAGCUGCUGAUGGCGACCAUGGUCGUCUCGCUCACCGCGAGCGGCCAAAUGCCGUGGCCGCUCGCGGCGGUGAUCCUCGGGCGCGACGUCUACCUGAUGCUCCUCGCGUUCUAUUUGCGCUUCCGCUCGCUGCCCAAGCCCCGGACCUGGGCGCGGUACUGGGACCCCCGCUAUCCGUCGGUGCAGGUGACGCCGACGCGCAUCAGCAAGUACAAUACCUUCCUGCAGCUGGUGCUUGUCGCGGCACUCACCGUGUACCCCUGCCUGCCGGAGGAGUGGCAGACGCAUCCCCACGUCACACGCACGCGCGAUGCGCUGCAGUGGCUGGUCGCUGCGACGACGACCUGGACAGGCCUCGACUAUGCAUUCAGCCGGCACGCGGUGCGGUAUCUCCAUAUCAAGUAG